CAAACGGUGCAGUGCAGUAGCUCAGCAAACAUCCAGUAACACACCCAGAAGAGUCCUGCAGCAGACAGACUCAGAAACAAGAUGAAAGCUAUCGCAGCCUUGCUGCUAAUGCUAAACUACCUGUCAGUCAGUCAUGGCUGCACUUGCACGGAGGGUCCACAACAGUUUCCUGCUGUACAGAUUGAUGCUGGGCAGGGGAACGUUGUGAUGACAGACAGCAACAAUUAUGCAUACUUUCUGAUUGGAUCACAGUGGUACAAAAUGGGCUCACUCACCCUGAAGCAUGUCUCAGUGGGACCUGCAGGAAUCUGGGGUGUUGACCUCGAUGACAGGGUCUACAAAUACGUAGCUGGCAGCUUUGUUUAUGCGACUGGUGAGAGUUUACAGCAGGUGGAUGCUGGAGGUGAUGGUCAGGUGGUGGGAGUUACCUCCACCUCCACCAUCCACUGUCUGAAAAGCACCAUUGCCUCAGCCUACAGGGAACAGAGCACCCUGAACUGGACAACCCUGCCUGGGCUUUUAAUGUAUUUCAGUUGCAGCUCAAAAUAUGGAUGCUGGGGAGUGAACUCAGGUCAAAACAUCUACUUCACAAAAGUAACACCGAGCACCUGUGGCAUCAGUGGCUGGAUACAAGUGGAUGGUCUUGCAGUAAUGGUUGAAAUUGGGACUGAUGGAAGCGUCUUUGUUGUAAAUAGAGGAGGAGAAGUCUUCCAAAGACAAGGCAUCGACAGCAGCACUCCACAAGGCACGAGCUGGACCAAAAUACCAAUGCCCUCUCGCAUCAGCCAUGUGAGCUAUGAUCGUGGCAAUCUGUGGGUCGUGACUGACUAUGGGAUCAUCCUGAAAUGUUUAUACUAGUGGUUGUAGUCUUUCCUCUUCUGUCGCAUAAAACAAUGUAAAAACUGAUCAGCAUUAUGUCAACAAUGAAAAAUUCACGUGGGAAAAUAAUUGAUUGUUUUAUUGUGAUUACAUCUUAAGUGAUUCAGCAACAACAUGCAUAACUACUAGAAUGCUGUCAGAUAUUUACUUCUGUAUCAUUCACCUGCCAUCCUUUCAUAAACUCUUGAUUCGCUGAGA